AUUCAACUCGACAUUCGAAUCCUGCAUGUAAACGAAAUGAGUGGCGAUAGUUCUCAAAAUGGUUGCUUGAAACAUUGUGCCCAUUUCCUUUUCCUUUUUAAAUUUGCCGUCAGAAAGUUUAGAUCAUUUUUUGAACAAGAUGGGGAAGGGAAAUAAUAUGAUUCCAAAUGCUCAUUUCCACAAAUAUUGGCAACGCCAUGUGAGGACAUGGUUCAACCAACCGGCAAGGAAAGUAAGAAGACGUCAAAACAGGGUAAGGAAAGCUAAGGCUCUAUUCCCUCGCCCAGCUGCAGGUUUACUUCGCCCAGUAGUCCGAUGCCCAACUAUUCGCUAUCACACUAAGAUACGUCAAGGUAGAGGGUUUACCUUGGAAGAACUUAAGGGUGCCGAAUUAACACCUGGAUUUGCCAAGUCAAUUGGUAUCUCAGUUGACAAAAGGCGUCGCAACAAGUCGAUUGAAUCCCGUCAAACUAAUAUCCAACGUUUGAAGGAAUACAGAAGCAAGUUAGUUCUCUUCCCGAUCAACGAGAAGAAGAUUGCCAAGGGUGAAUCUACUAUUGAGGAAUGUAAGGUAGCUGAGCAACUUAAAUCGAAGAGGAUUAUGCCGCUAACUAAGGCUGUUCCUGAGGUCACCUAUAAGGAUGUUACUAAUGAAGAGAAGUCGUUUGGAGCCUUCGCCACUCUCCGCAAGGCCCGAUCCGAUGCUCGCUUGGUAGGAGUUCGCGCCAAGAAAGCUAAAGAAAAUGCCGAUAACCCAGAAGAUGGUGUUAAAGAUGUUAAGAAAGCCAAGAAAUAAAUAAAUGAUCUUCAAUGAUUUUCCUGAAAA